GCCACUAUCAAUCGAUCAGAGAGUGGAAGAUGGCGGUGAAUCGAGUCUGUAGAACUGGAUCGAUCGCCGAAAAACUCGAUUGAACGCAUUCAGCCUGGAGACUUUUGGAAAAUACUUUGAAAGAGAACACAACAAGCUAUUGAAGCAGAAAAGGUAACGUUUCGUAAGAGUUUCCAGCUCAUUAAAGCCGAAGCAGGUUUGCCGGACCCGAUCUACUGGUACCACAUGUCAUCUCCAAGAUGGACUUUCCCUGGCACAGCUCGAAGGUUCUGGAACAACUUAACCACCAGCGUCAGUUGGGUCUGUUGUGUGACUGUACCUUUGUGGUAGAUGGAGUGGACUUUAAAGCCCACAAGGCUGUUCUCGCCGCCUGCAGCGCCUACUUUCGUACGCUGUUCCUGGACCAGAAAGACGUGGUGCAUUUGGAUAUCAGUAAUGCUGCAGGUUUGGGCCAAGUCCUGGAGUUCAUGUACACAGCCAAACUGAGUCUAAGCCCCCAGAAUGUGGAAGACGUGUUUGCGGUUGCCAGUUUUCUCCAGAUGCAGGAGAUUGUCAACGCCUGCUCUGCUUACCAGUCAGUCGCCUCCUCAACAUCAGCCACACCACUAGACUGCACCCACAGACCAGAGGAAACAGAUCCGAAAUCCAAAGAACCACCUCCAGAGAUGGGUCCCCUUGACGACGAGACCCCAAGCACCUCUUUGGAGCAGGAAGGGUCAGACGUCAUUGAGGAGGAUCCCAAAGAGACGGCCGCAAAUGUCCAAGAAACAGUCAGUAAGACCGCAGACAAACCAGCCCCAGGCAGAGGAAGACCCCCUAAGAACGCCUCGCACACGACACAGAAGAAAACGUCGGUUGAGAAAGUGGACCUGGAGGAUGAGAGUGUAGCCAAAGACACGCCCUUUCAGGACGACCCCUCGGAUGCAGACUACACCCCCAAGUCCCCGUUCAAGUCUUCAGCAGGCAGAUCGUACAUGAGCAUGAGGAGGCGGAGAACCAGGAGAGCCCCGAGACGGAACUACCCCCCAGAUGACUCGGACGAAGGUAGCGUGCCGAAGUCUGCCAACGAGGAGAAGAGAGAGAAGGAUCAGGAGGAGGUGGAAGGAGGGGAGGAGGAGAGGGAGGCUGGAGGAGAGGAGGAAGAAGAAGAAGGAGAGGAGGAGGAGGACAGCCAGAUGGAGGAAGACGACACAGAGAGUGGAAGAGAGGGGAGGCAGACGCGCUCCGGGGCAAUCAACGACCGAACAGAGUCUCGGUCCUACGGCUCAGUGACCCACAAGUGUGAGGACUGUGGGAAGAAGUUCACACACACCGGGAACUUCAAGAGACACAUCCGUAUCCACACAGGAGAGAAGCCCUUCAGCUGCAGGGACUGCCACAAGGCUUUCUCUGACCCGGCAGCCUGCAAGGCCCACGAGAAGACACACAGCCCUCUGAAACCGUACUGCUGUUCCACGUGUGGGAAAAGCUACCGCCAGAUCAGCCUGCUCAACCUGCACAGGAAGCGCCACACCGGGGAGGCCCGCUACAGCUGCGAGGACUGCGGCAAGCUCUUCACAACGUCCGGUAACCUCAAACGCCACCAGCUGGUGCACAGUGGCGAGAAGCCGUACCAGUGCGACUACUGCGACAGAGCCUUCUCCGACCCCACGGCCAAGAUGCGACACCUGGAGACGCACGAUGCAGACAAAGGGCACAAGUGUCCUCACUGUGAAAAGCGCUUCAACCAGAUGGGGAAUCUAAAGGCUCACUUGAAGAUCCAUAUCACAGACGGUCCACUGAAAUGCAAAGAAUGUGGUAAACAGUUCACCACUUCAGGGAACCUGAAGAGACACCUGCGUGUGCAUAGCGGGGAGAAGCCUUACAUAUGCAUGCACUGUCAGAGGGCUUUCGCUGACCCAGGGGCACUGCAGAGGCACGAACGCAUACACACAGGAGAGAAGCCCUGCCUGUGUCUGAUUUGUGGGAAGGGUUUCACCCAGGCCAGCUCCCUGAUCGCCCACGUCCGCCAGCACACUGGAGAGAAGCCAUACGUCUGUGAUCGCUGUGGCAAAAGGUUUGUCCAGUCCAGUCAGCUGGCCAAUCACAUCCGCCACCAUGAUAACAUCCGACCACACAAGUGUCACAUGUGCAACAAGGCUUUUGUCAACGUUGGUGAUCUCUCCAAGCAUAUCAUCAUUCACACAGGAGAGAAACCCUUCCUGUGUGACAAGUGUGGUCGUGGUUUCAACCGCGUUGACAACCUGCGCUCCCACGUGAAGACCGUCCACCAGGGCAAGGCCGGAAUGAAGCGCCUGGUGGUUGCCGGGGGAGACAGUGACGAUGGGGGCGACAGCUACCCAGGCAUGUCUACCUCUGACAGCGAGAUCAACAUCGUCACCGUCACAACCGAGGACAUCGUCACCCUGGCGACGGAGGCACUCGCCGUUAGUGCUGUGGCCCAGCUGACAGUGGUACCAAUGGCUGCAGAUGUUUCGGCGGACGACACAGAGGCACUGAAGGCAGAAAUCACCAAAGCUGUUGAGAAGGUGCAAGAGGCGGACCCCAACACCCAGAUCCUGUAUGCCUGUGACUCGUGUGGUGACAAGUUUCUGGAUGCCAGCUCAUUAGCCCAGCAUGUACGCAUCCACACAGCACAGGCCCUGGUCAUGUUCCAGGCUGACUCUGACUUCUACCAGUACACCACCACCGCCACCACUGAGGGGGAUACGACCACAACCUGGCAACCCACCACCGAGCAAGUCAUCCAGGGGGGGGAGCUCAUCUUCCGCACCCAGGAUGCAGAGGGAGAGGGAGAGGGAGAGGGGAAAGAAAGCGAGGGUGUGGAAGAAACACAGGAGGAGGGAGAAGAGGGAGGUGGGGAGGGAGAAGAGGUGGCCCAAGCUGACACCUUGUCAGAGGUGAAGAAUGAGACCAUUGACAGUGGAGAAGGAGAAGAGAUGGAUUGUCAGGAUUAGGUUAGCAGAGGAGUAAAAAUUUGACGUGGGAAAGAAUUAGAAGUAGUCCGCCGUAGUUACUAAUAGAAGUACAGGGGAUCUAUGAUAAGGGCUCAGAGUUUUUGUGGUCAGGUCACUUGGUCAACCAAAAACUCCAGCCCCCUGCCAAACACACAAAGACAAAUUUGGGCAUAUUAAUGAGAUCACCUUUCAUUUAUAAAGGAAAAAAAAAGUAUUGAUGCUGACAGUUUUGCUCUUUUAUUCUAGAAUCUAGAAAUGUCAGCAGUAGCCUGUAAACAUGCAAAGGUAGAUUUGCACAGUAUGCAAGAUGUAUAAAUGGAAGUAAUGAACUGGGUUAUCCUCAUUAUGUCGACAAUCUUUAGGCUUGGUAUUCAUGGACAACCUGUAGAUUUUACACGUCUGUGAGCUUUCCUUAGUAAAACCACAGAUACGUUAGUUUGUGUGUUAGAUAAACAAAUUGCCCUACUGAGAUGCAGUGUGCAUUAUUUUCCACUUACAGUAUUUUGGUAUACUUAGUUAAAAUAUUUUCAUUAAAAGCACAGUGUACAGAUACAAUACUGAUGUGUGGGCUCAGUGAGUUGGGCGCUGGCUCUCAGUGAUACGUCCACGGGAAACAUUUUUAAAUGCUGUGCAUGUUGAUGUUUGUCAUCCUCUGUUAAAAUAUGGGAGUGUUGUUUUCGUUUGUCGAUGUGAAGGGGAACGAGGAAAAGUAUGAAUCGCAGAUUUACUGUUAACGUCAUAAGCAUGGAGAGGUUUCAGUUAAAUGGUCUGGAAAGGACAGGGUACUUUAGGGUACACUAACAAAUACAGGGUCCGUCCUGUAUGCUUCCGUUUAUGCAGGUAUGUUUCCGUCAGUCAACUAAUUUUAAAAGAUAACAUUUAGUAGGUCCUGUGUUGAAAAUAAAAUAUUUAUGAUCGAACAAAAAUGUUUCAUCUAACACGGAGAUCAAUAAAGAUUAAAUAACAAUGAAUUGAGAGUACAUUGUGUAAUUUAUUAAAUCAGUUUAAUCUC